AUGCUCUAUCAAAAUCCAAUCUUUUACAAACGGGCCUUCCACAGGGAGCUGUCACAAGCUGCACUCGCAGGUCUUCCACAGGGAGGAUCCAAUCUUUUACAAACAGGCCUUCCACAGGGAGCUGUCCCAGCCUUACAAACAGGCCUUCCACAGGGAGCUGUCACAAGCUGCAUACAGGCCUUCCACAGGGAGCUGUCACAAGCUGCACUCUUUUUUCCACAGGGAGCUGUCACAACCUGCACUCUUUUCAAUGUUGACAGGGAGCUGUCACAAGCUGCACUCUUUUCAAUGUGCAACAAACUCAAAGCUCGAACAAAGAAGAAACAGUGGACACUGGCACUCUCCGAUAUAGCCGACUGGUCAAGAAUCGAAGCUGUUGCUAGAAGCUCGAACAAAGGAGAAACAGUGGACAGUGGCACUCUCAACAUACCCGACUGGCCAAGAAUCGAAGCCGUUGCUGAGUUUAGAGUGGCACUCUACCACAUAGCCGAAUGGCCAAGAAUCGAAGCCGUUGCUGAGUUUAGACUUUGGCCAAGAAUCGAAGCCGUUGCUGAGUUUAGACUACGUACCGUGACACGGUUACCAAGAAUCGAAGCCGUUGCUGAGUUUAGACUACUUGGCCAAGAAUCGAAGCCGUUGCUGAGUUUAGACUACGUACUAGAGAAACAGUGGACAGUGGCACUCUCCGACAUACCCGACUAG